GCAGCUUUAGAACAGAGAAAAGUGCAUAUAUACGUGUUUCUUUCCACCCAUUGAGUGCUAGCCAGAUACAAAUCGUUGCGUGGGAAGAACAAGAAUAAAAAAGUUGAGACACAAAAACCGUAAAAAGGGUACUUGAGAAACAAGAUUUGUUAGGAGAUGGAACAGCUAAAGUAUAAGGUUGUCCAAGGUGAUGAUAACAACAACAAAGGACCAGUUGUUCGUUCUUUUUUUUCUUCUUCUUCUUCUGAGUCUGGAAUUUCAAGUGGUUCAUCAUUGGAUUCUGAUUCAUUUGAAGAAGUUACAUCCCCUGCUUCUUCUUCUUCAUCAGCAGCUGAUCAACCAGCAACUGAACCGUUGAGUGAUAUGUCUUCUUUGUUUCAACAACUUCCCAUCAAGAGGGGGCUUUCCAAGUAUUACGAGGGGAAGGCACAGUCUUUCACUUCAAUAGCAAAAGUGAACAGCUUGGAGGAUCUUGUCAAGCCUGAGAAUCCAUACAAUAAGAAGUUGAAGACUUGUAGUAGCUAUGGAGGGGUAAUGGGUGAGACUUCUCAAAGGGGUUCAUGUUCUUCUCUAAGUGCAAAUAGGGGCACUGAGAACUUCAUGGAUAGAAGACCCCCAAUUCCACCUCAUAGAUCUACCACUACUAGCUCCAUUCCUAAUCAAACUGCUUUGUUUGUUUGAAAGGGACAAAUAAAUACAAGUUGAGAAAUCGGAGGGUUUUUUUUGUUCAUUUUGUAAAUUAGUUAAUAGUUUAGAGUUUUUUGGUGUUAGAAAUUUUCAGUCAUAGUAUGUAAAAAAAGUAAUUAGUGGUCACAUGAUGACGUUGAUUUACUAAUCUAAUUAGUUUCAUUAUUCAAAGAAGGCGGAUAAGAAGUUUAAUUUUGAUA